GCUAAAUAUCAGUUAACACGGAAUCUUCAUUGAUAGAGGAAGUUGCGAAAUCAAAAGUGCGAAAAUGCGUUGCGUGAUAUUGCUUGGAUUGAUCGCCUGUCUGGCGUGUCUGUCUAUGGCCUGGGGCCUGGAGGAGUCGUCCAACGAUCAGGAUCUGUCUCUGUCGCCUGUGGAGCAGGGCAUCGAGCAGGCCGCCGAGGGACAGGUUCGUGCCAAGCGUCAGUUCUAUGGCGGACGUCCCUACUAUGGUGGUGGCUUCGGCGGCUUUGGACGUCCGUAUGGAGGAGGAUUUGGAGGUGGAUAUUAUGGUCGUCCCUACUACGGAGGCUAUGGACGUCCCUAUGGCGGUGGAUUCGGCGGGCCCUUCUAUGGCGGUGGAUUCUACGGCUAAAUUACUUUGGUUACCAAUAAACGAAAGCGAAAAGUGUGACGAAUA